CGCGCAGGCGUUACGUCCCUGUGGCGCAGGAGCUUCAUCCUCGGCGGGAUAAACUCCCCUCGUCUGAGAGGUACAAACUAGCGCUGCAGAGCUGAUACUCCCUGUCUCCGAAGUGAGACCCCUCGUCUGGGAGGUACGAUCCAGCACUGCAGAGCUGAUACCCCUUGUCUCCGAAGUGAGAAGCAAUACUCCGCCAAUGUUAGGGGACCGGAAGGCAAUAGGAGGGGAAAGGACGUAGCUGCUGAAAGAGGCGGCUUGGGAAGGUCUUCUUCAAAGCGAUGACAUGUGAAGCGAGUCUCAAGCACGUGCAGCGGCAGCAACGCUCCAGUUUGGGGAAAGGUAUUCCAGGCUGAGGAAAGAGCAAGCGCAAAAGGCCCUGAGGCAGAGAGAAGACUGAUGUGUUUGAAGAACUGAGUUUCUUCACUAGGGAAUGGAAGUUCAGAGAGGCAAAGUCUCCUUGCCCACCGUCACAUGGUCAGAAAAAGGUGGAGCCUGGAUUUGAACCCUGCUCUGUCUGAACUCUGCUCGUGAUCUCAUGGUUCCAAGGGAGUGGAGGCCGUCAUUCUCACUGGGUGAGCGCAAAUAGGCUCCUUUGCCCACCCAGGUCCAUGCCAGCGGCCUGGGCUCCCCCGGGCGCCCCCGACGCCCCACCGUGUGCCAACCAGAGCUGUGCCCCGCGUGACCUGGUCCUGCUGGGCUUCGCACAUGUGCCCACGCUGCGGCCGCUGCUUGCCGCGCUCUUCCUGGCCAUGUUCCUGCUCACGCUGCUGGGCAACGCGCUCAUCGUGCUGCUGACCGCCCUGGACCCGGCGCUGCGCGUGCCCAUGUACUUCUUCCUGCGCCACUUGGCCCUGCUGGAGAUCUCCUUCUCGCUGGACAUCGCACCGCGGCUGCUGGUGACCCUGCUGCGGCCCGGGCGGGGCGUGUCCCCCGCGGGCUGCGCCCUGCAGCUCCUGCUCGUGCUGUCGUGCGUCACGUCCGAGUGCUUCCUCCUGACCGCCAUGGCCUGGGACCGGUACGUGGCCAUCUGCAGGCCCCUGCACUAUGGGGCCAUCAUGAGCCCCCGGCUUUGCCACCUGCUGGCCGCCACGUGCUGGCUGGCCGGAGUCCCCGUGUCGCUGGUCUUCACCGUCUGGCUGUUCAGCUUCCCCUUCUGUGGGCCACGUGGCAUCCGCCACUUCUUCUGUGACAUCGCCCCUCUCCUAAGCCUGGUGUGUGCGGACACAAGAGUCUUCGAGGCCAGUGUGUUGGCGGCCACAGUGCUGGUCAUGAUCGUUCCCUUCUGUCUGAUAGCCACGUCCUACAGCAAGAUUCUGGCCACCAUGCUUCGGAUGCCAUCGGCCACGGGGCGCCACAAGGCCCUGUCCACAUGCGCCUCGCACCUCAUCGUGGUGGCUCUGUUUUAUGGCACCACGGGGGUCAUCCACUUGCGACCCAAGGCCAGCUACUCCCCAGAGAGCAAGCAGGUGGUGUCCCUGUCCUACACCCUGGUGACCCCCAUGCUCAACCCCCUCAUCUACAGCCUUCGAAACAAGGAGGCGAAGGCUGCCCUGGGGCGUGUGUGUUGCCACCGCCAGGAAUCUGGACCCCAUGAAUGACCUCUUCGGGAAUUGUUGGUGGAUGUUUGACAAGGAUCUAUGUGCAAAUAUGUGGUGCAGUACUCUGACUUUUUUCUGGGAAACUGUAUGUUUUUCCUCUUGCAGUCAUGGUGGUGCUGGUUCUUUCUGUCCAAGAAAAGGCUCAUGACAG